UGGAGGGGGGUGUCGCUCCUGACUGUGUUGCAGGGACAGCGCGAGGAGGAAAGCCCCCAAUCCAGAGCUCCGGAGGAGAAGAGAGCAGCAUGAAGACAGCAGAGGUAUUCGACACAUCGGAGACGUCAGUUUGCGGAUAACGUUUGGUUUACGGUCACCGCUCGCAACCUGCGGGACGACUGCAUGAGCCGCUGUGAUGGCAGGCGGCCGGAGAGGACUAGUAGCCCCUCAGAAUACUUUUCUAGAGAAUAUUGUCAGACGAUCGAACGACACCAACUUUGUCUUGGGCAAUGCUCAGAUCGUGGACUGGCCCAUCGUCUACAGCAACGAUGGCUUCUGCAAGCUGUCCGGCUACCACCGGGCUGAAGUCAUGCAGAAAAGCAGCACCUGCAGUUUCAUGUAUGGAGAGCUCACUGACAAGGACACGACGGAAAAAGUGCGGAUGACGUUUGAGAAUUAUGAGAUGAACUCGUUCGAGAUACUAAUGUACAAAAAGAAUCGAACGCCGGUGUGGUUUUUCAUGAGGAUAGCACCCAUACGGAAUGAACAAGAGAAGGUGGUGCUCUUUCUCUGCACCUUCAGUGAUAUCACAGCCUUCAAACAGCCUAUUGAGGAUGACUCGACUAAAGGCUGGGGCAAGUUUGCCCGUUUGACCCGAGCCCUGACCAGCAGUAGAGGGGUACUUCAGCAGCUCCAACCCACUGUCCACAAAGGAGAGAAUGUCCACAAACACUCUCGCCUGGCUGAGGUGCUGCAGUUGGGUUCGGACAUCUUGCCCCAGUACAAGCAAGAGACGCCCAAGACGCCGCCGCACAUCAUCCUGCACUACUGCGCCUUCAAGACCACAUGGGACUGGGUCAUCCUCAUCCUCACCUUCUACACGGCCAUCAUGGUGCCUUACAAUGUCUCCUUUAAGACCAAGCAGAACAACGUCACCUGGCUGGUGGUGGACAGCAUCGUGGACGUCAUCUUCCUGGUGGACAUCGUGCUCAACUUUCACACCACGUUCGUGGGUCCGGCGGGCGAGGUCAUCUCUGACCCCAAGCUCAUCCGCAUGAACUACCUGAAGACCUGGUUCGUCAUCGACCUGCUCUCCUGUCUGCCCUACGACGUCAUCAACGCUUUCGAGAACGUGGACGAGGGCAUCAGCUCCCUCUUCAGCUCGCUGAAGGUUGUCCGUCUGCUGCGCCUGGGCCGGGUGGCCCGCAAGCUUGACCACUACAUCGAGUACGGUGCCGCCGUGCUUGUGCUGCUGGUGUGCGUCUUCGGCCUGGCCGCCCACUGGCUCGCCUGCAUCUGGUACAGCAUCGGCGACUACGAGGUCAUCGACGAGGACCACAACCAGGUGCGCACGGACAGCUGGCUCUACAUGCUGGCCGAGUCGGUGGGCACGCCGUACCGCUUCAACGUCAGCGGCACGGGCAAGUGGGAGGGCGGUCCGAGCAAGGACUCGGUGUACAUCACCUCGCUCUACUUCACCAUGACCAGCCUGACCAGCAUCGGCUUCGGCAACAUCGCCCCCACCACCGAUGGAGAGAAGAUCUUCGCUGUCGCCAUGAUGAUGAUUGGAUCCCUUCUGUACGCCACCAUCUUCGGUAACGUCACCACUAUCUUCCAGCAGAUGUACGCCAACACCAACAGGUACCACGAGAUGCUGAACAGCGUGCGGGACUUCCUGAAGCUCUACCAGGUGCCCAAGGGCCUGAGCGAGCGCGUCAUGGACUACAUCGCCUCCACCUGGUCCAUGUCGCGAGGCAUAGACACAGAAAAGGUAUCACAAACUUCUUCAAUCCUGCUCCUCUCUUGCCUUUUUCCUAUCACUAUUGCGCUCUCUCUCCUCUCUCUCUCUCUCUCUCUCUCUCUCAUCUUGCUCCAUGUCAAUGUGUAUGAGAAAUUGCAUCAUGUUUACAAAGGCUUCUCACAAUGACUGACUGCAGAUAAGUGUUAGUAAUAUGGCAGAUGGGAUGCAGCAAAUGGGAUCUCGGUGUGAAUGUAAGCUGUGCUGCGUGGGAAGCAUCCCCAUGUUGUUCACCCCCAGCCCCGCAC